GCUGUGCCGCCAAAAUUUGAAAAUCAGCUGGUCCACCGGCGUGAAGCGUUGAUUGUGUGAUAAAUGUGUGAAUUUUGAAUAGUUUUAUUGCUUAUUUUGUAGAAUUGUUCUGAUUUAUUAGAUGCGUUUUUCUAUUUGAUUUUUCCUUACUGAAGGAGUCCCGAUCUUGUUCGUUCUGCCUGGCGCUGAUUAGGUGAUAAAUGCGUCCUCUGUAGCAAACAUACCUAUGUGUCCUGCCUUCAAGAGUUUUUAACCUCGUCCUUGCCUCCUUAAGCUGUACUACAGCAUCCAGGAAAGCAUGAGAAUUUCAAAGUUGUGUAGUGUAACACCCAGCCGCACCAAGGCCGGCGUGCGGAAGACGCCGGGCCGGCCGGCGCGGCCCGGUCAGUCGGACGGCGUCGACCCCGUGGAGGUGGUGUGCCGACUGCGGCCCGUGCCAGAAGGCGAGGAGCGAUGUGUGGAACAGCUGGACGACACCACUGUGCUGGUGACGCCGCCGGCCAACUCACAGGCGUUCCGGUACGGCACGGCCAAGGAGCAGCAGUACAAGUUCGGCACCGUCUUCCCCGACACGGCCACGCAGAAGCAGCUGUUCGACGCCGUGGCCAAGCCGCUGGUACGCGACCUGCUCAACGGCAAGAACGGCCUGCUGUUCGCCUACGGCAUCACGGGCAGCGGCAAAACGCACACCAUGAUGGGCUCUCAGCAGGACGGAGGCAUCAUGCCGCGCUGCAUCGACGUCAUCUUCAACAGCAUCGUCAACUACCAGGCGCGCCGGUUCGUGUUCAAGCCGGACCGUCUGAACUCGUUUGACGUGCAGACGGAGGCAGACGCCAUGCUGGAUCGCCAGCGGGAAAUCCUCAACACGCCCAAGCCGGGCAAAACUCCGCGCAAAAGACGCGUACCGCCCACCCCAGGCGGCGCCGGGGGCGGCGGCGGCAGCGGCAGCGUCACCCCGGACGAGAGUGACGCGGCCUCCACUCGGGUACCCGAGGUCAGCCAGGUGUCCGGCCUGGACGAGGACAACGCGUUCGCCGUCUUCGUCUCCUACGUGGAGAUCUACAAUAACUACGUCUACGACCUGCUGGAGGAGGUGGCGCCGGAAAACAUGAAAAAGUCGCUGCAAUCACGCAUGCUGCGGGAGGACAACAACAAGAACAUUUACGUGCACGGCGCCAGCGAGGUGGAAGUGUCGACUCCGAGCGAGGCGCUGGAUGCGCUGCGGCGCGGCCAGCGUCGCCGCAAGGUGGCCCACACCACCCUGAACACGGAGAGCAGCCGCUCCCACUCGGUGUUCACCAUCCGCGUCGUCCAGGCGCCGCUGGACCCGCGUGGCGAGGAGGUGCUCGACGACAAGGCGCUAAUGGUCGUGGGUCAGCUCUCGCUGGUCGACCUGGCCGGCAGCGAACGUACCAACCGCACCAAAAACAACGGCGACAGACUGCGAGAGGCCGGCAACAUCAACAACUCGCUGAUGGUUCUGCGGACCUGCAUCGAGACACUGCGUGAGAACCAGCUGAACGAUGCCAACAAGAUGGUGCCGUACCGAGACUCGCGCAUCACACACCUCUUCAAAAACUACUUCGAUGGAGAGGGCAAGGUCAAGAUGGUCGUGUGCGUCAACCCGCGGGCAGAGGAGUACGACGAAACGAUCCACGUGAUGAAGUUCGCCGAGCUGACCCAGGAGGUGGUGGUGGCACGGCCCGCCGACCGGCCGCUCGACAUGGGUAUCGGCCUCACGCCCGGCAGGAGGAAAGCCAACCAGAUUCUGCGGGAGGCGCAGCGGCGUCUGGGCUCUGACGGCCGGCCGUCGGAGGCGGAGCCGAGCGGCGGUGAGGCGGCCGCCGAGCUGGCGCCCGUCUUCUGCCUGGGCCCCGUGUGGCCGAGCAUGGCCAUGACGCCCGGCGAGGAGGAGGAGACGGUGCGCUGCCUGGUGCGCUUCCUGGAGCGGCGCGUCCAGCUGCGCGCCACGCUGCUGCACGAGCUGCAGCGCCAGCAGGACGCCUUCCGGCAGCUGCUGGUCAAGACCGAGAUGGAGAUGUCGGCGCUGCGCCAAGAGAACGCGCAGCUGCGCGCCAGCUCGGACGGCAGCAGCCGGCGCACCGCCGCCCUGGAGGCCCGGCUCGCCAGCGCCGAGGCCGCCAACGACAGCCUCAACAGGAGGUUCCGCGAGCUGAACGAAAACCAGGCGGCGCUAGUCAACGAGCUGGGUGAGAAGGAGAUGCUCCUCAACCAGGAGGCUCUGGAGCGCGAGCGCGUCAAACAGCGCAUGAAGACCAGAAUGCAGCAGGAGAAGGAGCGGCUCGCCUCCGACAUGAAGAGCAGGAUCAAGAUGAACAGGGAAAUGCUCAAGACGGAGAUGCGAGCCAAAGACGAGAAGCUGCGAGCCCUGCGCGACAUCAUCAACAACGAGGAGGCCGGGUUCGCCGUGCCGUCCGCGCCGCCGACGCCGGCGCCGCGGCCCCGCCCGAGCACUGCCAACGAGACGGCCACCUUCCGACCGUCUCGGUCCGACCCGCGCCUCUCCGGCACUCCGCAGCCCAAACGGACCGUGGCGGCCACCACUCGCCACCGCCGCUCCAAGUCCACGGACGCAGAGGUGUGGCUGGACCACCGGCCAGGACACGUGCUCGAGCUGGCCACCAUCUUCCAGCCCAAGAUGAAGAAGCGUAAGUCGGUGACCAAGCUGGACGCCAAGGAUGUGAUCAACGACAAGACGUCCAAGUACGUGCUGACGCACCAGGAUCAGGACUCCCAGGGCGAGGUGGAGACCCACAUGGUCAAGGGUGACGUUCUUCCCACGGUGGGUGGCGGCCGCGCCGUAGUCUUCAACGACAUGGAAACGCUGCGCCUCUCCAACCCGGGCGCCAAGCGCCCCUCGGACGAGCUGGGCCCCGGCCUCGACUACGAACUGGCCCGCGAGCGUUGCGCCACCGGCAUCGAGGGCCACGCCGCCGGAAAACGCCGCAAGACGUGAGCGCGCGCCCGGCGGGGGAGCGGCAGCUGCGCCAGUGCGGUCCGCGCACCGGCCGGACCGUGUUUUUAUUAUUCCACUGGCGGCGGGACGUGCGCACACACGAGCAUAGUAUUUUACGCUGGGACUGAGUGUUCUCCUUGGCCUUCUGUCGCCGCUCCGCUCUGGUCGGCGGGUGCCGCUCGUCCGGCCGCCCAGACUAUGUACUUAUCGUCUGUCGCUAGAGAGCUUGGCGCGCCAACUGCAGUGUCCUGUUAUAAUCCGCUAGUAUCGUCUGUGAAACAUGUUUCCGCGUUAAUAUAAAUGUAUGUAACCGUUUUA